AUGUUCGCGCGCGCGCUGCGCGAACGCGCGCUCGGGGCGCUCCGUGGGGUGACGCGAACGACGCGAGGGACGAUCGCGAUCGGGGCGGGGGCGACGGCGGCCACGGCGUGCGUCGUCGCCGCGGACGAGGCCGAGCACGGAUUGGCGUUGCCCCAGUACGCGUGGCCGCACGAUGGGGUGUUUUCGAGCUACGAUCACGCGAGCAUACGACGGGGGCAUCAGGUGUACGCGCAGGUGUGCGCGGCGUGUCACUCGUUGAAUCAGAUAAAGUAUCGGAACCUCGUGGGCGUGGCGUACACCGAGCUCGAGGCGAAGGCGCUGGCGGAGGAGACGGAGGUGGUUGAUGGACCGGAUGAUACGGGGGAGAUGUUCGAGCGCGCGGGGAAGCUGAGCGAUGGGAUACCGAGCCCGUACGCGAAUGAAGAGGGCGCGCGGUUCGCGAAUAACGGGGCGUACCCUCCGGAUCUGUCGUUGAUGACCAAGGCGAGGCACGACGGGCAGAAUUAUGUGUUCGCGCUGUUGUUGGGGUAUCGAGAUCCGCCGGCGGGGGUGACGGUGCCGGAUGGGAUGCACUAUAACCCGUACUUUCCGGGAGGGUUCAUCGCCAUGCCGAAGAUGCUCGUCGACGGCGGGGUGGAGUACGACGACGGGACGCCGGCGACGGAGACGCAGAUGGCGAAGGAUGUUACCACGUUCCUCGCGUGGGCGGCUGAGCCGGAGAUGGACGAUCGCAAGCUCAUGGGGGCGAAGUGGAUCUUCGCCUUGUCGCUCGUGUGCGUGCAGGCGGUGUACUAUAAGCGAUGGGCCUGGAGUCACCUCAAGUCUCGGCGACUCGUGGUGGACGCCGUCCGAUAA